GGCAGCUGCCAUUAUAAAGUGCUUUUCUGCUGUUUUCGCAAAUGUCAAACAAUUUUUUUUAUUGAAGAUAAUUUCAUCGAAAGCAAUACUCUUAAUUUCACGCAGAAUGAUAUUAUCUCAGUAGUGUUAUUGUUUGACGCAACGAAAAUGAUUUAGUUACAUCGGCAUAAUGAAUCUGAUUGUGAUAUUCAAUGUGUACAUGGAGUGAAAGAUACGAGAGUGUUCAUAAAUGCAUUUGUUUUGCAAAGCACGACAAAUAUGGAUUUUAUGGAUUCCUGCAGUGAACACUUAUCCAUUUUGGUCAGUUACACAUACUCUAAAAGGGAUUAGCUACAGGAUUCAAAUUCAAUCUGAACCAAUUACAGUUGAUAUGAAAACAUUGUGAGGAAAUGAAUCCGAAAGGCGGGAACAUCCCUUCCGCAUCGAGGAAUCCAGCAUACAAUGCAGCAGCUCUAGAGAAAAUUAAGAACGACUUGAAAUCUUAUGAAGCAGGACAUGGAUUCCAGCAGAACACAACUUCAUCCAAAUUAAUACGAAAAACAAGCAUUGAGAGAGAAAUACCGCACGCUUCGCUAAAUCUUCCAAGAACCAGUCCUUUAGACUCCGGGGCGGGCAGCUCUCGGUCUAACAGCCCUCAUUCGCAACAACAGUUAGCAUCUGGGAGAGCGCAGUUUUCCCCGUCUCCUUGUCCUUCUAAUUUAAGUGACGUACCUCCUUUACCACCACCAAGAUGUCCAUCUACUCCGUCAACACCCCCUCCUCUACAACAAUUUCUCAAACGCAUGUCUCCUGCAUCCGUGACCACUUCGCGUAAUGGGCAAUUCCAAUCACAAAGUCCUGCUCGGGGUACGUCGCCUAUAUCCACUAAUAGCAAUAUGAGGCAGCCAAUAAUCGUACAAAAUGGACCCCAAGUUCAACAACAAUUGAACCAACAGAUGUCUGCAUUUUACAGCAGCAAUUCAGUAGAACCCCCUCCGCCCUAUCCUUUAUCGCCUAUAAAUCAGGUCGCACCGCCAAGCUAUAUAGCUUCGAUGCAGUGCCGUCAAAGCCCUACUCAAUCGUCACAAGAUUUCCGUAAAAGUCCUAGUUCUGGUAUAUAUUCAAGUGCCUCAGCAGGAUCCCCCUCCCCGAUAACUGUGCCGCAAGGAGUGAUUUGUAAUAUUCCAACUACAAAACCUGCUGUUUUAUCAUCAUCGAGAAACACGCGUUCAUCUAAUUCGCAACAUCCCAUCAUUAUGCAUUCGGUGAAAUCAACGCAAGUUCAAAAGCCAGUAUUGCAGACAGCUGUAGCUCCUGCAUCUCCAACUACUGGCAGCGGUUUGAAUCCAGUGCAAAAUAGUUCAACUUCUACGCCUCCGCCUCCAUCCUAUGCCACUUCGCUACAACAAAAGAAAACUACCAACAAAACUGUGAAUGUGUUAUCUAAUCCACCUCCAAUUUCAACUGGAAGUGGUCGACAAAGUGUAUCUUUCGCCACAAAUGCUAUGACUGGAAAUGCUGCAGAUCCUCGAGCAUUAUCGGGCAAUAGCAAUGUAGACCCACCGUCUUACGAUACAACUAUGACGUUGAAGCAAAACCAGCCCCAAUCGCGAAAUUCACAGCUUCCGCCACCCUAUUCCGAGGGUAACAGCAGUUCCUUAAGUGGAAGCUGCAUCAAUAACUCAAAUGAUGUUAAUACUGGCUACAAUGCACAUAGCAAAAGUAAUUGUAAUCUCAACAUCAUUAAUCCUGCUAAUACUAAUAGUCAAUGCCUUAAUAAUUAUAAUCAUAGUAAUUAUAACAAUGAGGAUAAUAAUGAUAGUAAUAAUAAUCAUAAUGAUAUUGCUGCUAUUGAUGGAAAUCAUUAUGAAACCAGCGGCGCCAUGAAUAGCGUUAAUAUUAGUAGUAAUAAUGAUGAUAGCAGUAAUAAUAACAAUAGCAAUAGUAGCAAUAACGACAAUAAAAACAAUAAUAAUAAUAAUAAAAGGAAUGGUGAUAAUGUCGGAUGUGAUGGCAGAAAUUAUAGUGAAAAUUUUAAAUACGGCGUAUAUGCGGGCACGAAAAUGUACGAACCUCAUUCAUCGGGGAUGACGAAAAACGCUGUUAGCAGCAACAGUGGUAAACACAUAAAUUUGCCGCCGAACAGUACUCUUUAUGCUAAGGUCAACAGUCAACAAAUAGAACCUUCCAACAACAAAAACAACCUUAACCAUAAUUAUCGUUCAAACGCAAAAUCAAACUACUUGUCCGAAAACCAAGAUAGUGGGCUGGCGAAGAACAUUGGACAACAGAGUGAGAUUUCGAAAAAAAUCAAACAUCAAUCGCCGAUUCCGGAACGGAAGAACAUUUCUAAAGAGAAGGAAGCCGAACGUUCUGAGUGUAAAGUGCGACAUUACUCUCCUCAAGCAUACAAAUUUUUCAUGGAACAACACAUUGAGAAUGUACUAAAGUCAUACACGCAACGUAACUUCCGCAUUAAACAACUCGAAAGCGAAAUGUCCAAAUUAGACUUGCCAGAAGAGACGAAAAUUGAAAUGCGCAAACUCCUCUGUCAGAAAGAGAGUAACUACAUUCGCUUGAAACGUGCAAAAAUGGACAAAUCAAUGUUUGCUCGCAUUAAAACAAUAGGAGUUGGUGCAUUUGGGGAGGUAACACUAGUGAAAAAAAUUGAUACGCCGAACCAUUUGUAUGCAAUGAAGACUCUCAGGAAGGCAGAUGUACUGAAACGAAACCAAGUAGCUCAUGUGAAAGCUGAACGUGAUAUUUUGGCUGAGGCGGAUAAUGAAUGGGUCGUUAAACUGUACUAUAGUUUCCAAGAUAAAGAUAAUCUGUAUUUUGUUAUGGACUAUAUUCCAGGUGGUGAUUUGAUGUCUUUACUUAUAAAGAAAGGAAUAUUCGAAGAAGAUUUGGCAAGGUUCUAUGUCGCCGAGUUAACGUGUGCUAUAGAGAGUGUUCACAAAAUGGGCUUUAUUCAUAGGGAUAUCAAGCCGGAUAAUGUGUUGAUUGAUCGAAAAGGACAUAUCAAAUUAACGGAUUUUGGUUUGUGUACCGGAUUUCGAUGGACGCAUGAUUCGAAAUACUAUCAGAAAAAUGGUGACCACGCAAGACAAGAUUCGAUGGAGGCCUGGAGUAAAAGUGGCUCAGAAAUCCCACCACCACUAGAAAGGCGAAAAUUUCGAGAAAAAAAUAGGGCUAAAGCACACUCGAUCGUUGGUACUCCAAACUACAUAGCUCCAGAGGUGUUGCUAAGGAGUGGAUAUACUCAACUUUGUGAUUGGUGGAGUGUUGGUGUUAUAUUGUAUGAGAUGUUAGUUGGUCAGCCACCUUUCCUAGCGAACACAGCAGAGGAAACUCAAAUUAAGGUGAUCAAUUGGAGACAAACGCUGAAGAUACCAAUGGAAGCACUGCUUUCUUCAGAGUCACAGGACAUUAUUCUUCGACUGUGCAAAAAUGAAGAUGAGCGCAUUGGAAAAAAUGUAGAAGAAAUAAAAUCCCACCCGUUUUUCCGUAGCAUCGACUUCACUAAAGAUUUAAGGAACCAGCAGGCACCUUAUGAGCCGCGUAUAAAAUAUCCUACUGAUACAUCAAACUUUGAUCCGAUUGAUCCAGCGCGGUUACACGACUCGUCAUGUGAAGAGAGUAGUCAUAGUAUUGAUGAGCUUUUCGAUAGCAGUAAACCUUUUCACCACGGCUUCUUUGAAUUCACUUUUCGACGUUUCUUUGAUGACGAGAGUGAUCAUAAAAUCUCUCUUGAUGCAAACGACAGUCAAACUGAAGCUAUUUAUGUGUGAAAUUUACUAACAGAUUAUAUUUAUACUGUGCAAAAAGGAUGUUAUUGUUUAUUGGAGAGUGUGAUAUGCCUUAUCAAAGUCGAAUAAAUAUGAACCAUUUCAAAGAAAUUUAUUUAAAA